UUUCAGGGCAGGUGAAGCUAUACUUGCAAGGCAUACAGAGAAGUGUAUAGAUGAGCGUACCACUAGCAGUGGAAGGUAUGGAUGCCCUGGCACUUGCCCAAGAAGGUGAGCGGUUAUGCCGCGAGAACAGCAUGAAAUCAGGGAUCAAAUACUUGGAAAUGGCGUUAAGGAAGAAAAUUAACCUUGGAGGUCGCAGCUUGGAAGCAUUGUCUGCAAUUUAUUCACAACUAGGAAAUGCUUACUUUGUGUUGCGUAUUUUCGACAAAGCGCUCGAAUAUCAUCGACAUGAUUUGGAAACUGCCAAAUUGCUUAAUGACCGUUCUGGACUUGCAAAAGCUCACGGAAAUAUAGCAAAUACCUAUAAGGCUUUGGGUGAUUUUGAUAGCGCUUACGAACAUGCGGUUGCACAUUUACGAUUAGCACAAGAACUUAAUGAUAAAGAAUGUGAAGCUGGAGCUCUUUAUAAUGUGGCAUCCGUUUACCACUGUCGCGCGAAGACAAUAAUCCAUGCAUCGGAACCUCUUGAUAAGUCUGGGCUCCUUACAGCUAGCGAUAUGACAGCAACCUCGCAACUUCAAGCUGCUAUAAAUUGUUAUUUACAAAAUCUUCACAUUGUCGAGAACAUGAAAGACUUCGUUGCAUGUGGUAGAACGUAUGGCAAUAUUGGUAACAGUUACUAUAUGCUGGGUGAUUAUGCAACUGCAGUUUAUUAUCACAACAAGCGACUGGACAUUGCUCGACAAUAUGGUGAUCGUGCAGCAAUGCGACGCGCCUAUACAAAUCUUGGGAAUGCUCAUAUUUUUCUUUCAGAAACGGCAAAGGCUUUAGAAUAUUACCGUUUGGCGCUGUCAGUUGCAGCGGAAUUGCAUGAUGAAGUGACAGAAGCACAGUGUUGCUUCAAUGUUGGCAAUGGUGCUGCUAUAUGUGGCGAUCAUAUGACAGCAGUAGAAUAUCACACCCGGUAUUUAAAGCUUGCUAGGAAUUUGGGUGAUCGUGCUACAGAAUCACGUGCAUGCGCAGCGUUAGCAACAGAUUUUCGAAAACAGGAAGCGGUGGGGAAAGCUAUUUAUUUCUAUUUACUGCAAGGACAAAUAUCACUUGAGAUGGGUGAUCAAGGAAGUGAAGUUAGUGUGCGUAAUUCGCUGGAAGAUUUGUUGAAAUCAAUAAAGAAAUGGCCUGUAAAGGAAGUUAGCGAUUUAGAUAUGGAUUCAUCCUGUGAUCCUGAACCACGCAAUGCAUCCGACUUGGAUGCAUCUUUUAAAAAACUACUCUGUGAAUCAGAGUUGAGCGCAGACUCUGGCCUUACAUGUGAGCCACCUAAUGUUUCGACGACAACAGUUACAACAGAUAAACAGCCGGUUCGAUUCGCUAACUACAACGAUGAUUUCUUUGAAAUGGUCUCACGGUUACAGUCAAAACGUCUUAAUGAUCAGCGCUGUGAUCCGAUCAUACUGAGCGAUUUAACGAAUCAUUCAAAAAAUGUUACGCGACAAUCGGAUAUAAUCGCUUGCAAUCCAGAAGCCGAGGCACGUUUUGGGCGGCGACAUCGAUUAUCGGCACUUUUUGGACGUGUAGGAAAAGCAGCAAGACGGCAAAGCUUGCUAAUGUCCGCAUCAUUUUUCCCCUCCACAACUUCGACACCUCGAACUGCUGUUUCUUCGAUGAAGCAACAACUACUUGCUGAUAGCAGUGAUCGAUUGCAUAACAAAUCACCUGCAACAUGCGCAACAUCGCGUUUAAAACGCUCUUCUUCGGAGGAUACAAUAGCACGAAAUACCGUGGAUGGGUGUGAUGAUGGAUUUGCGCAGUCCGGUAGGCCGCGGAUCCCCGAAUCGUCGGAAUUCCGCAUUCCAGUUGCACCGCCUCGAAACCGAACUCGUUGUAAUCAAGUCAUCUCAUCGAAUCCCCUCUCUUUGAGACAAAAAAACGGUGCCGAAGGAAUGCUUGAUUUGAUAGCUAGUUUACAAGGUCGCCGAAUGGAAGAGCAACGGGCGCAUCUGAGUGUUCAGUCAGAAGCAAUGUCUUUGUCAGCUAGCGGUGAAGUGAAAGACAGUAAUGACAAUGUGGAGCAGUCAGAAUCAUCACCGCCACACGUGGAACAGUCACGAUCUGAAGAUGCUGGUAGUUUGUACGAGAUGGUGAUUCGGAGUCAAAGAGGUCGGUUGGAUGAACAGCGAAGUGAACUGCCGCGGACCAUGCCAGUGGAAGAUGUCUCGCGGAUCGUUAUGUCAAUGCAGAAGGGACGUAUUGAAACUCAGCGUGCUGUGUUUAGUUCAGCUUCACAAAACUGAUCAGCUUUAAAGUUGCAUAUUUCUUAGGAUUUAUUAUUUGCUUUCAUCAUUUGCUUGUAAUUUCUCGACAAAAAAAUGGAUCCAAUUUUCCCUCAGGUUCCUUACAGGAAUCUUGAAGAGAUAAGUAAUUUUUUUAUGGUCUUCGGUCCUUUUUGUUAAAUGUUCUACAUUUGUUUUUCCUUCUGCUUUUCAGUUUUGGCUUCUUUCUUGUUUUCGUAAGUUGAAUAUUCAAGAUAGAAAUUGGCGAAAAGACGAGAAUCGUUAACAUUUACUAACUGUGUGUUGUUCAUAGUAUUUUCAUUGCGACUUA